CUGUGAACGAGAUCAGCGUUUGACUCCAGACGAUUCGACAGAGCAACUCCAGGAAUUAAGGAGCAGAGAAGCGGAGAUGGUGACGACGACGACGACCGCGAAGGCGGUGGUGCUUCUUGCCGUCCUCUGGCUGUGGCUGGCGGUGAGGGGCGGAGCGGCCCCGUCGUGCAGCAGCGUGUACAAUAAGAUAGUGCCCUGCGUGGGUUACAUGACGGGGAAGGCGGACGACCCGAGCGAUGGGUGUUGCAGUGGGGUGAAGGAACUGAAGGACAUGGCUCGCAGCAACGAUGACCUGCAGGCCAUCUGCAAGUGCAUCAGUAGCGCCGCCGCAGGCCUCGUCGGCUUCAAACGAGACCGUGCCGUUGCUCUGCCCGGCAAAUGCGGCGUCCACGUCGACUUCCCGAUCGGCCCCGACGUCGAUUGCUCCAAGAUAUAAUCAGGGAUGAAGAAGAGUGUGAAGGUUCGCUGCUUCUAUGUGGUUGGCAUAAAUAAACUUCUGGAAUUCGACUGUGUUGUAUCACGGACACAAUGAAUGAAUGAAUCGACAAAUAAAUUUCCUCGGGAAAUCUUUUUCUUCAAUGUGU